AUGAUUAUCACCCGUUAUUCACUCCGUUACGUCUCCACCGUUUACCGACAAGGAGAGUACUGUUUACCUGUCGGCACAACAAACACAACCGAUGCCGAUCCUCAACUGGAGCGACAAAUAUUUAUUGUCGAGCAGUCUCAAUUACACACCAUUUACGAAAAGAUGCUCUAUCUAGAGGUGCCUUUACCAAGAGCAGGUGAAGUCAAUACCCGUGUGCUAGAUUUCGUGGAUCAAUUUGCUAGUGAUUUCGAGUUGAUUGGUACCACGUCGUAUGAUUUACGUGGAUUUGUAGAGGCGCUGGAUCGGGCUUCACAGAGAACAUUCAAUUCUCCUUUAAUUACAAGACACUUGUUUCGUGCUCUUGUUCGUUUGGGAGAAUAUGAUGAGGCUGAACAUGCUUUACACGCCUACCUUUAUCUCGUCGGUCUUGUCUCACACGGUUGGAAGGAAACUCAUCGAGAUGGUCAGGCACUGGCCACGGAUAAGACAGGCUUAAAUAUGGCUGUACCCAAACCCAGACCAGAGAUUCAAGACGAUCAAGAUAUUGAGGCUGGAGAGAUUAGUAAUAUUGCUGAUAUUAAAAACUCAGAAAAGGAGACAGUAGCAGAUACCUUGGAAGUGCUUGUGACAGCCAUCAAAAUGUAUUGUAAAGAUCUCUCACGUGGUGUAGAUGCAGUCGAAAUGGCUGAAAUUGCCAAGGAGAUGUAUCAAAAGCAACCUAAAUCAGAACGUUUGUCCGGACUUUUAGAAACUGGAGCUCAUGUUUAUCGUGCUACAGGCAUUGCCUAUGGCUUAUUAGGCUGUCAAACCUUUGAUCCGGAACUUCGACCUACCUAUCACGAAAAGGCAUUGGUGUUUUUGAAGCGAUCACUAGAGCUUGAUUCAAACGCUUGGGAGACCUAUUACCAAUUAGCUUUACAACAAGCGGACAUGCACGAUAUUCGACAAGCAGUUGUAUCCGUGACAAAAGCAAUCCAGAUGAAUCCUACUUAUUUACCUUGUUGGCAUUUACUGACUUUGAUUGUCUCUUGUCCUGUGCACGGAGAUUACAAGCAGGCCCUCAAGACCUGUGAGAUGGGUUUACAACAAGCUGCAUUGGAUAAUACAAUAGACCCUGAAGAUCAAAAUGGAAAUGGGCACGAAGAGGCUGAACACCACUUGAUGUUUCAAAUGACUCGUACUUCUUUACUCUAUGCCAUCCAUGGUCCCGAAGCCGCACUUGAAUCCAGCGAGCAAUUAUUCUUGGAAUAUGGAAAAAUUGCUAUUCCCGAAGCCUCCUUCAGUAACGGUAGCCAGGAUCGUCUUUCGUAUGGUGGAGCGCAUAACGGUAUGAUUAUUUCAGGAUCGUUGGGUAAUUUAAGCGAGUUACAGAUUGCGGCGGAGAAUCGAAGAAGAGGUCGAAGUGCAAGUUCGAGGUCGCAUGAUAAUGUAAAUAUGGCUUCGGGACAUUCCUUGACAGUGGGAAGAGCAAGAUCCGCCUCGAAUUUAGCGAUUCCAUCUCCUUUAGGUCCUGGUGGAACCGCACAAGCAAACACAAGCUUAUUGUCUGUACCAGAUGGAAGUACAGAUACAAGUAAACGAGAAGGACAUCAUCAUCAUCAUAUUCAUGGUUUACAUUUAUUUGGAUCCAGAAGUACAAGUCAUCGAAACAAAGCUUUAGAAAAUGGAGGAUAUCCUAGUGCGGCUGUUAAUGGCAAUACCAGUGCACACACAAUUGCCUCUCCUUACGGAAACUCAGUUGCAUCACUUCAGAGCAUGACACCUUCAUUGAUGAGCAUACAAUCGAUUUUGCAGCCGUCUGUUAUACCCACGAAGCCCAGUACACGUACAGUACAACGCAAGCAGCGGUCGGACCGUAUUUUAUCUGAUUUAUGGCUAUUGACAGCUGAGAUGUUUAUCAAGCUUGGUAAGUUGGAUGAGGCGAGGAAGGCAAUUGAGGAAGCAGAGAAUGUGGAUUGGAUUACGAACCCCCAGGUAUGGUGUGUACUUGGCCAAUUAUUAGAAGCGGAAGGGGAUGUGGAACAAGCGCAGACGGCAUUUUACAAGUCGCUGGUGAUUGAUCCAAAUGAUGUGACCUGUAGACUUUGGCUAGCUAAAUCGCACUUGUCACAAGAAAGUAAAGAGAUCGCGGAAGGUAUUUUGGAUGUCAUGACCAAGUCAAAUGGAUGGGAUUGUGCAGAAGCUUGGUUCCAUUUGGGUGAGAUAUAUCGUCAAACGGAUCGAUUAGAUCGUACAAAAGCCUGUUUAUUUUACGCACUUGAACUAGAAUCCACCAGUCCUAUUCAACCCUUUUCUGUUUUACCACGUUAUGUAUAA